GGACGCGACGCGACAUCCAACAAGGGGAACGGAACACGACAAGCAGCGUUGACGCAUAACGAACCGAACGUGCAAAUGAAGCGACACUGCGGAAAACAAAACUGGUGAAUGGAAACGUUUUUUUGUUUUCUGCCUCUUCGUCAUCUCUGUCUUUCGUCGUUUCAGAGUUGUAGAACAGCAGUAGAUAUAUAUAUGUGCGGUUUUUCCUCUUUUCAACUGCUGCUUCACUUUUCGUUCUCUCUCCGUUGUUGUGUCAAGAUUUUUUUAAAGCCCGAAAACCACGCCGCACUUCGUCUAGUAAACCUAUUUCCUAUGUUCAUCUUUCGAAUGCAAGCCACAUCGUUUCCUGUAGCGAUUUCCCGUUCAUCUUUCCAUUCACGUAAGAUGGGGCCAGCAAAAAGCAAAAGAACCAAACAGUCAAAACCAAGCAAAACCAAUUUCCCCCCCACAUAGCAAACAAUCUCUCAAAAUCGGCUGCUUUGACUAGCGAGCUGUGAGUGACUGCGAAGAAUGGAAAGAGACGUGCCCCACGGCUACCCAAAUCAGCUUUGUAUGUGCACGCGUGUGUGAGUGUGUGCUGUCUUGUUCGUCCGGGUUAGUCGUGCCAGACUGAUUCAUACUUCUCAGGAUGGGCUCUCUGCGUUGCUGUCGCGGAAAGCUCGGCGAGAUUGAACUGGGCCCAAUGAAGCGGCAUUCAUUUGAUCCGACAAGAAUACAUUUUUUUGCCUCACUUCCUCUUUGUUUUCUCCCUUUUCCUCUUCGUAUGACUUUUUUUUUCGUGGGCAAUGCAAAUCGGCCAACGGGGCUUCAUCCAAUCCAACGUCCGUGUUGCCGUGAACCACUUCAGGGAACGUGUUUGUGCGUACGUACACGUGUUCGUCCCAGAACUAGCAAAAAAACCAAAACUAUUAUUGAUUGAAGUCAUUAUCUCGUUUCGUCCUCUUUUUUUUUUAACGUUAGUGAUCUCCUUGAAAAGAAAACAAUCUGCGGGCUCUCUUUGUUUCUCUUACAGUUUAAAAGAAAAAAAAUCAAUAGCUUAGGCUGAUAGCGGCAACGCUAGCUACAUUAUUGUCCUGUCUGCAAACCUGUAGUAAACAGCAUAUUUUUUUUCCCCAUUUAUAACCAUAUUUACGAACGACGAUCGGUUUUUUUCUCUUUAACCGCUUCUCGUCAUUACACUACUCUACAGGCCCUUCUUCUCUCUUUUGCCCAGGCGUCCAUCACAAUCAUACCUAUUUGCCAAACAAACCCAUGAUGGCAGCUCGCCUCGAGUUCGCCUCAUUUACUUUGUCUUGUUAAAUCACAAAAAUCUUUUUCCCUGUUUUACGGAGCGCUUCCGUUCGCUAGGUCAGGUUUCUCCCUCGCACUUUUCUGUUUUUCUUCUGCUCCCUCAUUAAAAGCACUUUCACAGCGACACAAAGCAACAGCACACACACAACCCCCCAAGUUUUUGAAUUCAGCGACAUCAUCUACUCGAAUACGCGACACAUUUGUCGUAGUUGUGUGUGUUAAAAAAAACAACCUCGUUCGCUUUCUCCCCUCCUUUUUUAUCACGUACAGAUGCCGUCCGCGUCUUCUUCGUCGCGUUCGUCGCUGCCCGUGCUGGCCAAGGGCGAGCAGCCGUGGAUGCACGGUGCAGCCGGCGUCCUGGGCGGCUCCGCUGCAAUGAUGCUGUUCUACCCGCUGGACUUCCUGCGCACCCGCAUGCACACACUACAUCAGGGCAGCCGCACCAUGCCGCUGCGCUCCGCCGGUGAAAUCGUCCGACAGGAGGGACUGCGUGGCAUGUACAAAGGUAUCGGCGUGUCGGUCGUGUCGCACAGCCUCGGCUGGGGACUCUACCUCCUCACUUUUCGCUCGGCCCAGCAGCAUGUGACGGAGCUGCUUGGCGACCGGCUGAGUAACUCGGUCCUUGAGGCCUCCGGACGCGAUUUCCUCAGUGCCUGCAUAGCGGCCACCAUUACCGGCACUGUCAUCACCCCGUUACACGUGCUCAAGACGCGCCGCCAGCUCUUCGACGGGCAGCGCAUGGUCAACGGAAAGCCGGCGCAGCCGCUGCCUUCUGGUCUGGGUGGUGUGCGUGCAAUCGUGCAGCGUGAGGGUUGGACUGCCAUGUUCCGCGGCCUCGGCCCUCAAAUCGUUCUCACGAGUAACACCACAAUCCAGGUGACGAUCUACGAGUGGUUCCGCCGAAACUGCUUUACCAACCACGAAGAUCCGUCGCCGCUGCAGGUGGCGCUGGCCUCCGCCUUUUCGAAAGCGGUGGCGUGCUGCGUCUUUAACCCGCUGGAGGUGGUGCGCACUCGGCUGCAGGACCAGCGCAACCACGGCAGCCGCGAGUACGCGAGUAUGUGGGUGGGGCUGCAGACCAUCUGGCGCAGCGAGGGCUUGCUGGGCAUGUAUCGCGGGCUGCCGGUGAACGUGGCGCGUGUGAUUCCGUCGACGGUGAUGGCGUUCGUGCUUUACGAGAAGUGCCUUUGGGCGAUUCGCACGACGAGUCAGGUCGCCAGGAGCUCUCUGCAGGGCACUUCAUGCAGCAACACGGGCGGCGUAGCCGACAACAACGGUGGCACCUCUGCGGAGCCGCAGUUUCAGUAG